GUGUGUGUGUGUGUGUGUGUGGUGGCAGGGAGGUGAAUGCGCAGGGCUGGGCGUGGACCGCUGUUGGAGGUCUGAAUGGGCACGAGAGGUACUGGCUCGCGUUCGUCACGGAUCAAGGCGCCAUUCAGCCCAUCUGGAACGAGCACAUGUCGCUCGCAGAGGUGCUGGCAGAGAUGCGUCCAAUCCCACUCGAUUCCCCAACAGCCGCCACUGCCACUGCCGCGUGUGCCAUUACGCUUCACGCCAUCCCGCGAGCAGCUGCAGCCGCGCUGUCGUCCCCAUAUCCGCCACUCGUCAGCACCGCCGACCUCAUCCCGCCACACCUCCUGGAGCAGAUCGCGACCACAACCGAUGACGACGACAACAGCGACAGCGGUGACGUCGAUGGUCUCACCGCAGCUCGCUUUCGCCUCCGCGCAUUUGCACAGUCCAUCAUGACACAGCGCGAUGAGACAACAUAUCUGCUGGCGCCGCACAUUGAGCCGCACAAUGGCGGUGGCGAUGGUACUGAUGUGCGCACGCAGCACGGGGGCGAAGCCGUCACCGUCAACGUCACGAUCAUGUUGCAUGGUGCCGCACACGGCGACCGCCCGCAGCGCCACACACUGCUGGUGCUGCCCACAGAGACGGCGACAGCUGCGCUCGCACGUGUGCUGCGCGAACACGAACGCGGGCUGGCGGACACAUACGCAGCAGAAGACAUCUGCUUCAAGGUUCCAAAUUCACAAGAGUGCUUGUUUGGACCUCACCCGCUCGUCUCGUUCACGCACGUGCGGAGCUGUCUGCUGCAAGAGGAACCCGUGCACUUGGAUGUGUGCACGAUAUCGUCCAUUCUGCAACAGCGCACGUACGACCGCUUCAGUGUCACCCGUCUCUUUGAGCCACCGCCGCGCCGUACUGUCAUCCACACGCAGCUGCCCUCCCCUACGCAAACAGCCCUUUGUCUUGACACGGCGCUCUUGUCGGAUAUCACCUCCCUCUCGUCCUGGACCGUACAGCAACAAGUCACCGUCUCCAAUGUCACCUACUUCCCAGGAUCAUCAUCAUCAUCAUCAUCAUCAUCGUCAUCAUCAUCACAGCCACUAUCGUCCCCGCCACCAUCAUCUUCGUCGGCACCGGCGCUGGCGUUGUCGUCGCAUCUUCCGUCGUCCGCUGUGUUCUCCGUUUACUGCGGCGAUGUGCUCAUCUCGCGCGAGUCUGUUGCAGAUGUGCAGCCCUCAUCCUCCUCGUCCUCCUCAUCCUCCUCAUCCUCGUCCCGCGCAGUGCACAUCUCCUCUGCCACGCCGCUGAACACUCUAGUGAUGGACCUACCACGUGCAAGCACGCUGCAUGUAGCGCUUUUGUUUCCAGCCGAUGAUGCACUGCCAGCAACAACCCACCUCCAUGCACGCCUGUCGCUGUUUGACGCCAACGCUGAUCUGAGACAAGGCACCUUCCUCCUAUCCCUCUACCCUGGCACGGACCCGAUUGUUGGCCAUCUUCCGUCUCGCUGCAAGCGGCGCGAAGUUGCGCGUCUACGUCUCUCCCUCCCCCAUUUUCCGUACCGCGUUACGUUUCCUCGCUACUCGUUUCCGUUCCAAGUCGAUCCUGAGCUUGAGGCGCACGACCGCCGCUUCUGCGAACAGGAGGACAACUCGUUCUCCACAACAGCGCUGCAAUAUGUGCUGUCGGCGGUGUCCAGCGGGCAGACGGUACAGGUUUCUACUGACGAUGACAACAGCGAUGGCAGCACUGAGGACGUUGUGAUUCGCGUCCCGCCAGACCUCGUCAUGAUCGUCGCUCGCCUUGCGUCAAAGGAGAGCGGGCUGCGGCUUGCGAGUGAUCGGUGGUCCUAUCGUCGCCGCCGCGCCCGUGUUGUGUCUGGUCGCGAUGUUGUUGAUUGGCUGCAGCGGGACAUGGACGACGCGCCGCGCGAGAACGCCGUCUUGCUCGCACAGCGGCUCAUCCGGCUCGGUGUCCUACAGCCCGUGAGCGGCAGCAGCGAUCAUGUCACGGACACGGCGCAGUUUGCACUGGCCGAGUUUACACACGUGCGCGGAGAUGACGUCGCUGGCAGCGAGGACCGUGCCAGUGCGAAGGCGGCAGUGCUGAAGGCGGAGGUGCAGAUGGCGCUGGCGAAUCAGGAGAUACACGACAGCAAGCGGCUGGCAGCGAUCCGAAACAGCGACAUCAUCGCGCCGCUCACACCCCCGGACCAUCGAUUGCUAUUUCGCCGGCGUCACGAGUGCACGCAGUAUCCUCUGCUGCUGCCCAAGUUCCUCCGGUCGAUCGAUUGGGGCCGCGCGUGGCAAGUCCGCGAAGCAUACCGCCUCAUGCAGACAUGGACGCCGAGCGCGACGAUCACGGACGCGCUUCAGCUGCUGCACGUCCAUUUUGUUGAUCCGCACGUGCGAGCGAUGGCCGUCUCGCUUCUCCAUCCCAUUGACGACAACCAGCUGGAAACGUAUCUCCUGCAGCUCGUGCAGGUGUUACGGUUCGAUCACGACCACGACUCUGCACUCGCCCGUUUUCUCCUCCGCCGCGGACUUCUAAAUCGCCGCAUUGGGCAGUCCCUCUUCUGGCACCUGCGUGCUGGCCUGCACACCCCAGCCACGGCCCAGCGCUGUGCCCUCCUCAUUGACGCGUACUGCUGUGCGUGCGGCGCGUAUGUGCUCGGAGAUGUACACACGCAGGCGCAGCUGGUGGACAGGCUGCACGCAACCUCGCUCGCAGUGAAGGAGGCGCGGACACAGGAGCACCGCGACGCAAUCCUGAGGAACGACGUGGAACAUGUGAGUGUAUCAUAUUUGGUUGGACUGCUGCCUGUGACGCUGAUGCACGAUGCGAGCUCGCACGUGGUGGGCCUGUCACCGGAGCGCUGCCGGGUGCUAGACAGCAAGAAGAAGCCGCUCUGGCUGCACUUUACGACUGCCGACGGCGAUGACAGCAGCGAUAACCACGAUGCUGGCAGCAGCCGUGGUGGUGGUGGUAUCACAGCUGUGCCCAGCCCACACGUGCAGCUCAUCUUCAAAUCGGGCGAUGAUUUGCGACAAGACAUGCUGACGCUGCAGAUGCUCCGGGUGAUGGAUCGAUUGUGGCAGCAAGAGGGCCUGGGCACGCGUGUUACAGCAUACGGCUGUGUGGCGACUGGAAGCGAGAGCGGCGUGAUCCAAGUUGUGAGCGGUGCGCGUACCGUUUCGAGCAUCCAGCGCGCACACGGUGGGUCGCUUGCUGCGUUCUCGGAGGAGCCGCUGUUGGCGUGGCUGCAUGCCCAGAACAAGGAUAAGCCACAUGCCAUGGGCGUUGUGCGAUCGAACUUUGCAAAGUCGUGCGCAGCGUAUUGCGUCGCGACAUAUGUGCUUGGUAUUGGUGACCGCCACAACGACAACAUCAUGGUCACUCCGAGCGGCGAUUUCUUCCACAUUGACUUUGGGCAUUUCCUGGGCAACAUCAAGUACAAGUUUGGGGUGAAACGGGAGCUGGCGCCGUUCGUCCUCACAUCCGAAUUCAUCCACGUCAUGGGCGGACGAGACUCUGAGCUAUUUCGGCAGUUUGAGGACUUGUGUGUGCGCGCGUAUCUCGUGUUGAGAAAGCACGCCAACCUCAUCAUCGCCCUCUUUGCCAUGAUGCUCUCAACCGGCAUCCCCGAGCUUCAGCGGGAGGAAGACAUCCAGUAUCUGCAGCGUUCGCUGUCGUUGGGGAUGGGUAAAGACCAGGCAGCGAAGCACUUUCGAUCGCUCAUUGCCGAGUGUAUUCGGCUCAACCUGAGCACACAACUCAACUUCCUCGUCCACAACCUCGCCCACUAA